AUGGAAAGAGAGCUACGUCUUAUUGAACUUUAUAGUCAUCAGUUCCGGGAGGCCCAUAGGCUCCUCAACGAGGAGAUUGGGAUACCAGGUUCCACUGAGAUUGACGGAUGUUUGGAGAAUUUGGAAGCAAAAUGGGACGUCCUGUUCCGUCUAUAUGAUGUUGUGAUCAAGGGAUCUGAAAUUGAGCAGAUGGAAACCCAAGUCCACGCUAUGGAGGACUUUCGAUCUCAAUAUCUUCAGAUUCGCAGAGCAGCAGGAAGGAAAAAGGAAAAGUCUCCAAGUACAUCAACCUCUAGCAGUUCAACAGCUACCCCUCAUCAUGUUUUGGCAACCGCGAUGGCAAAGCUCACUGCUACCAAGGUCCCCACCUUUUCAGGAGAAACCGUGAAGUGGCCGGAAUUCUGGGGUGUUUACGAGCUUACUGUUCAUCAGCAGCGUAGCCUGCCUGUUUUGGAAAAAUUCAUUAAGCUGAAGGAAUCCUUGAAGGGCGAAGCGGCAUCCGUUAUAGAAGGACUACCUCUAACUACUGCAAACUACACCGCUGCCAUCGAUUUGUUAACUCAACAUUAUGGAUCAGCUGAAGUUAUCAUUCAAGAGAAUUUCAGAUAUCUUCACAAUUUGCCGGUGGUCCCGCCAGGGAAUCAUUCCGCUCUGAAGCAGUUCCUGUUUAAUAGUGAGAUCCGCCUUAGAAGUUUGGAAAGCCUCGGAGUUCCUCCUGAGAGCUAUGUCAUUUCCUUCGUACCCCUUCUAGUGGAUCGGCUACCGAAAAAUGUUCGAACUGCAUGGUACAGGUCCAUCGCGGAUAAGGAGGAAGCUUCUGAAGUGGGGGAUGUUCUAGCCUUCCUCCGAAAAGAAGUAAUCAGCCAGGAAAGAAGCCAAACUUCCGAAGAUGACGAACAAUUGGAAUCUGAAAAUGAAUCGGACGAAGACCACACGCCUGAAUCUGGAAACAUUCAAGAAUAUGAUGUUCCUGACGAAGAUGCUUUCUUAGUUGACCGAGAAAGUAAACUAUUACUGUACGAUUUUAUAAAACAAGAAGUAGUCGAAGGACUUUGUUUGAUGACUAUUUCAAAUUCAAAUGAGGAAGAAGCUCCUAAACCUAAUAACACUUCUUCUACAACAUGCAAAGAGCAUACGCUCCCGGGCAAAACAAACAAUAUUUGUCAAUAUCAAACCUAUGUUUAUUUUGGGUCAGUUUGCAUUGGUUAA